CAACAUCCAGGUUUACACGGAUGCCCAUGCAUCAGUAAACUUCAAAAGACCAAUAGUGAAUGAACGGCCCAAUCCACUUGAAUAUUCACUAUAAUCCUCUCAUGCCACCAGCUUCCUCAACCAUUUAUGACUUUCUUCCAAUUUUUCAAUUUUUGUAGUUUUUUCUGCCUUUUCAUUUUAACAAUUUUACUUCUCCUCUUAACACACAAACUCCGGCGCGCUACCACCGGCGUCGCCUUUGUGAAUUGUGCCCCCGUCCGUCGAUUCUUCGUAACUCCAAAUUGUUUCACUGGUUUCCCAAUUUCGCCGAAUUUAAAACCCUAGAGCUUCAUUGUGUUUGUUUUCGGAAGAGUGUGGAAUUGAUUUUGGCUUCGGAAUGGCGGCUCCGCCGCGGGAGCAAGCGCUCUCUUUACUUGCCUCCGCGAACAACCACGGUGAUUUGGCGGUGAAGCUUUCUUCUUUAAAGCAGGCCAAGGAUAUCUUAUUGGCGGCAGAACCGUAUCAAGCGGCCGAAUUGUUUCCUUAUUUGGUCGAGCUUCAGUCUUCCCCUGAAAGUCUCGUUCGAAAAGCGCUCCUUGAUGCAAUUGAGGACCUAGGCUUGAGAGCUUUGGAACAGUUCUCCAUAUUUGUGCCAGUUUUGUUAAAACUUUUGAAUGACGAGAGUCCUAUGGUCGCUAGGCAAUCCAUAGUAACUGGGACAAGCAUCUUCUCCAGGGUGUUGGAAGAGUUAGCAUUACAGUUCCACCAGCGAGGAAAUAUUGACAUGUGGCUUGAAGAGCUUUGGAGAUGGAUGAGCAAGUUCAAGGAUGCUGUUAUUGAUACUCUCUUUGAGGCUGCUCCGCUAGCUGUAAAGCUGCUGACUGUAAAGUUUAUUGAGAUGAACGUUUUGCUUUUUACAUCUGAUAGAAGUGACUCCGAGUUAUCCUCUGCAGAAGCUAUAUCAAGACAUCGGGCUUUCAAUAUUUCAUGGGUGGCUGGCCAUCACCCUGUCCUAAAUAAGGCUGAACUUACGUCGGAUGCAAAUAGAUCACUUGGGAUAAUGCUGGACUUGUUGCAAUCAGCUAGCAAUCUUCCUGGCUUGUUGACUAUUUCCAUUAUUAAUAGUCUUGCAACCAUUGCGAGGAGGCGGCCUACACUCUACAAUCCUAUUCUUUUAGCAUUGCUAAAGUUUGAUUCUAAUUUUGAGAUGGCAAAGGGGGGCCAUCUUGCCAGUAUUCAGUACUCUAUUAGAACUGCUUUUCUGGGAUUUCUAAGAUGUACUCACCCAACCGCGCUGGAGUCAAGAGAGAGAUUAAUGAAGGCAUUAAGAGUUAUGAAUGCUGGGGAUGCAGCUGAUCAAGUUCUUCGGCAAGUUGAAAAGAGUAUGAGAAUGAAUGAACGUGCUUCUCGUGACACCAGGCUUAGCAAGGACGAGCAAAUGUUGGAUUACCAUUCUAAUUCAGUGGAUCAGGGGAGGAAAAGGUCUCAACCUUCAGAUAGUGAAGAUCCAAGCAAUAAUAGUGACACUGCUUAUAAAAGAGUUCGCUAUGGCCCAAAUACCCAUGCAACUCCACCCAUGGAUAAAAAUGAUACGGAGCAGGAAUAUAUAAAUGGAAUGUCUGCAAAGGGCUCAUCGAUAGACAGUAAUUUAACCACUGUGGAACAAAUGAUUGCCAUGAUUGGUGCUUUAAUUGCUGAAGGAGAAAGGGGUGUUCAGUCUCUUGAACUUUUAGUAUCUGAUAUGCAUCCUGAUUUACUGGCAGAUAUUGUCAUAACUAACAUGAGGCACUUGCCUAAAAACCCUCCUUCCUUAGCAAGACCAACUACUUCCACACACAGCAACACAAGUGAUCUGGUUCAGAAUGUUGCUUCGACUGUUUCUACAAGCCCAGAAAUUAUUUCUCAUGGGCCGGUCUCCCCACUCAAUGUGUCUGGCUCUCCAGUGUUUGAUAUGUCUGCCUCAAACAAUCUCUCCUCUGAUUCAAAGCGUGAUCAACGAAGAGAUCCUCGCCGUCUUGACCCUAGGCGUAGCGUGGCAGCUGUUGGUCUACCACCUCCUCCUCCUGCUGAGAACAUCACAAAUGCUUCUCAAACUGCUGAAAUGCAAUAUCAUGUAGAUUCUCCUAGUUCUCUUGUUAAGCCCCCUUCACCUCCAGGAGUUCCAAGUUCUGAUAGUUUGCUGGUUCCAUUGACACCUAAGACUGAAGUUGGCUUGACCAGUCCAGAAUGUGCGCCUGCAUCUCAAUCAGCUACUCCAGUGGAAGUUCGGGUUGAAGCCUUACAAGAAACAAAAGGUGCUUUGGAUCCAUCCUUCCACCCAGGUGAAAGUGUGCAAGAUUCAGCUGCACAGACAUCGCAAGGCUUUUUAUCCACAGACGUUUACUCCCCAUCUUCGCUCGAGACAGAUGAAAUCUCUCCUGAUGUCUCUGACAUGGAAUGCACCGAAGCUUCAAAUGCAGAGUUGCCUGCACUUCCCGCAUAUAUUGACUUAAAUGAGGGAAAGCAAAGUAGUCUGCAGACAUUGGCAUUUAGACGAAUUUUUGACUCAUACGAUAAUUUACGAGAUCCAGGCAGCAAAGAAAUGCGCAUGGCGUUGCUGGCACGGUUGGUGGCUAAGAUUGAUGCUGGUGAUGAUGCUAUUACCGAAAUGCAAAGGCACCUGGCUUUUCGCUACCACCAUGAAGAGGGACAUGAACUUGUGGUGUAUGUUCUUUUCCACCUACAUUCUCUAAUGUUAUCAGGCUCGGAAGGAAACUCAACAUUGUUUGCUGCUAUGUAUGAGAAUUUCCUGCUGGGAAUGGCAAAGUCCUUGCUGGACAUUUUACCUUCAACUGAUAAGUCUUUUAGUCAGCUUCUCCGAGAAGUUCCUUUCCUGACAAAGGCCAUUAUGAGACUUCUGGAUGAUUUGUGCUGUGAUAAAUACAUUGGUACAGAUACUGGUGAUGGUGACCGUGUCACUCAGGGUCUUGGUGCUCUUUGGAGCUUAAUUGCUUCACGCCCUCUCAAUCGUCAAGGCUGCUUGGAUAUUGCACUAAAGUGUGCUGUACAUCCGAAGGAAAAUGUCCGAGUAAAAGCAAUCAAUCUGGUGGCUAAAAAACUUUAUAAAGUAGGCUACAUCUCAGAGAAUAUCGAACAGUUUGCUAUGAAAAUGUUCUUGUCAGUCGUAGAUCAACGUGCUCCUGAUAUAGAGCCUUCUCAGUCUGAAACAAUUGAGCAGAAAACUAAACGCGAGACUGGAAGCCAUGAAACAUCGGUUAGUGGUUCCCAGGUUUCAGAAACAGGUUUAUCUGAAAAUGACUCCACUAAAGGUGCAGAGAUAGAUGUUCUCCAGCAUGCCUCCCUAUUUUUUGCCUUAAUCACACAGAAACCCAGUCUCCUACGAAUCUUAUUCGAAAAUUAUGAGCGUUCUCCCAAAGCUGUUCAGCAGGACAUGCAUCGUCAAAUUCCUCUUCUGACAAGGGCUCUUCGGCCCUGUUAUUCAGAUUUGCUUCAAAUAAUAUCUGAUCCACCUCCUGGCAGUGAAAGUCUUUUGGCACAGAUGCUGCAUAUUCUAUCUGAAGGGACUACGCCUCCACCUAAUCUCGUACACACUGUUAAACAUUUAUAUGAAACGAAGCUGAAGGAUCCUUCUAUCCUUAUACCGAUUCUUUCUUCAUUUUCCAAAAAUGAGGUCUUACCUAUCUUUCCCCAAUUGGUCAACCUUCCGUUGGAUAAGUUUCAGACAGCACUGGCUCACAUACUACAGGGUUCUGCACAUUCUGGGCCAGCAUUGACUCCAGCAGAAGUGAUGGUGGCAAUACAUGACAUUAAUCCUGACAGAGAUCACCUCCCGCUUAAGAAGAUAACAGAUGCUUGCUCAGUAUGUUUCGAACAGCGGACAGUUUUUACACAACAGGUCAUGGCAAGGGCCUUACGUCAGAUGGUCGAUCGAACUCCUUUACCACUUCUGUUCAUGAGAACUGUGAUUCAGACAACUGAUGCUUUCCCUGCCCUGGUUGAUUUUGUUAUGGAAUUACUGUCCAAACUUGUGAGCAGACAGGUUUGGAGAAUGCCAAAGUUAUGGGUUGGAUUUUUGAAAUGUGUGUCACAAACACAACCACAUUCCUUCCCCGUAUUACUGCAGUUACCAUCCCCUCAAUUGGAAAGUGCUUUGAGCAAAUACCCACAUCUCCGAGGGCCCCUAGCUAAUUAUGCUGGCCAGCCUAGUGUUAGAAAUUCAUUAUCUAGGUAAGGGGUGUUCUUGAACCUAAAUCAUACGUCUCUGUGUCCAAAAACUUGAAGAUGCUACUCAUACUUGUUGAGUAUUUCACGAUUUUAUCCCCAUACAUCUUCACCCGCCAGAGCCCAAUGAAGUUGGGAUCAUGCUGGGUAUGUUAUUUUGGCUGUGGUUGUUGUAUCCACUAUAAUGUUUACAAUGUGUUAGACUACAUAGUUGAACAUAUUCUUCUGCCGAUAUGAUACCGAUAUUAAAUGUUAAACUUAUAUAAUUGUAACUAUUUCCUGUCCUAAAACUUCCAAGAAUUUGGAAACUAACUUCAAAUAAACUUCAUCUGGAUGGGUGUUCAUCAAUAAUUCUUUGAUUAUCAUUUGUUGAAUUAAUUAAAUGCAAGUAGUGAUGUUAGCUGAUUUCCUUUUCCUAGUUGUCAUUUACGCAGCUGAAACUAUCCGCAAUUUCAUUUUUGAUACCCAUGGCUGCCGUUUGUCAUCAUCGUACGUGGUUGAUCUUUUUUCUUGCCCAGGACCAUCGUGCUAUUUUGCAAUUCUCUUGUCCAUGAAAAGAUUCACAUUGUAUUUUUCUUGUUGCAGACCAAUACUCGGACUUCUCGGACUCCUAAAUGAAUCAAAUAUGCAGCAGCAAUCACAUCCAGCGUCUUAAAUCCAUGCCCCUGACGGAAAACCUUCCCUACAGGGGACAAUGCAUACGUGACAAAAGAAUGUACAAGAGUCAGGCAAAAAUUUUCUGCUCUGCAUCCGUUAUCGAAUAUUUUGAGGAUGCCAGUCCCAAGGAGAGCUAGGUUGGUUGAACUGGAUUUUUGAAUCCCCAUUUAAUAUCUGCCAGUUCAAUUCGCAGCCCUGAUCCUUCUGGGUGUGGAAGAUUUUCACUCCCACACAGAAAGAGAUCGAAUAUGCGGAAGCAACUCAGCACCUUUGAGCAGGAUGUAAAAUAGAUUGGGCGUUGAGUUUGAGGAGUUCGAACUGCUGCGCUAAACAGCAGAUGUAAAAUAGAUUUUGCUUCAUGUUGUUUUCGUCUAUGUUCAAUAGAUUAGUUGUAUUCGGCUUUUCUUAAAGUAAAUCAAUAGAAAUAACAGGGCAAAAAAAAAUCAUAAUCGAAACCAACAAUGAAAUGAAAACAAAAUUUUGUUCCUAUUGUAUGCAAAUUCACAAAUUGCGGCACUAAAAUCAUAUUUGUCCCCU